AUGUCUCCACUCACACUUUUACUUUUGUUGGUCCUAGUAGUGCUAGAGUUGGUUUGUGCUGGCCUGAACCCAAAUUUCACACUGGUUGUUGGUGGAGAUUACAGAACCACAUCUCCAGUCACAGGUAAAUUCAUUGAUUCUCUGGCAUCUUUGCAAGAGGGUCAUGGAUCCGAUUGGCAUGCCGUCGGAAACUCUCUUCCUUUUCCAUUUAAAGAUGUGAAUGGACGUCCACUUGGAUAUGAAGUUUUCGCAAUGAAAAUCUUGAGUAGGGAAAGGUUGGUGAUUGUGGGUGGAAGUUUCCAAGGUAAUGGUUUUAAAGGGGUAGCUCAAUUUAAGGCUGAUUUGCAGAUGUGGGACAAUAUGAAAGGAGGGUUAGACAGUUCGGUAACUGUGAAGGAUAUUGAUUAUGAGGAAGAUUAUGGACUUGUGUAUAUUGUUGGAUAUUCAUAUGAGAAUCAGAAAUUUAACAGCAAGAUUGUUGUGUGGAAUGUUAAAGAGGAAAAGUGGACUAAUUUUGAAGUUAACAAUGCUCCAGUUGAGUUUACAUCUGCAGCAUUUACAAAGGUUAGAGUUUGCAAUAAUAAGGAUGGAAGAUUUAUGGUGGUUUCCUCUAAGAGUAAUUUGUUUAUAGUGGAUUUACAAACAAGAAAAUGUUCUAUCCCUUUUUCUACCAAGAAUAGUUUGAACGAUUUUCUACUAAUCUCUGAAAAGGACACAAGUUCAAUAUCAGUAAUUGUUGUUGGUACCUUCUCAGUUGAUCAAAUUAAAAACUCGGCAAGAGUUCAAUUCAAUACUGCUACGUUUACUCUUGAAGAUUUGAAGCUAUUUGGAUCAAACAAUUCAAUUGGAAUCAAUUCCAUAGUAUUUGAUUCUGUUAAUUCCAAGUACUUUGCUUCAAGAGUGGAAGGAGCUGCCAUAUCACUUGAUGCAGACUCUUCGACAUGGACAGAGUUUGGAACUCCAAUAGGAUACAUGGCUCAAAUCUUUACAAUGGAUGGUGAAAUAUUCAUAGGUAAUUCUGAUUGCUCCUCUGGCUAUCCAUUCUAUAGAUUUGACAGACUAAAUCAAAGAUGGCAACAUUUCUUAUUGGAUACAAUGGGAAAGUAUGAAAAUUGCAUUUUGAACUAUUGGAUUACAACAGAAAGCAGUAUUAUUUACAAUAAUUAUUCAAGCAGUAUCAGUAGCAGCGACAAUCCUAAGGAGGAGGACUAUACUCUGAUUGGGGUUAUCUUUGGAAGUGUGGGAGGGUUCAUCUUGUUAGUGUUGAUUGUUGUCUUAAUAAUGAGUGUUCUCUUUUCGAUUCUCAAGAAACUGAAAAAGAAAAAUGGUGAAAAUCAAUCACUCUUAUAAACAAGUUUAGAACAAUUUAGCUCC